CGCCAACGUAUCACCAAGCCAAGGGAGCGUGUGCGUGGUACUACGUUUAUCGAGGUCCAGCUUUCAACGUACGUAGAUAGAACUGACAUGUCCGAGUCAAACAAAGUGCUCGUCCCGCUACCAGAGUCGCAAUUGGACAUUUCCGGUCAGCCAUACUCGGUGUCUGUACUCAAAGUUGGAUACUGUCACUCACAGAGCGAUGGGACGUUUCGCGCCGACGGAACUAUCACCCUUAUCACGGGCCCUAAGACUAUUCUGGUAGACACUGGUGGACCUUGGGACAGAGACUUCUUGCUUAAGGCCCUAAGGCAAAAGGGGUUGGAGCAGCAAGACAUCGACGUGGUCGUAGGGACUCACGGACAUUCUGACCACAUCGGAAAUCUGUCACUUUUCCCAACAGCGCUAAUAAUUGUGGGUUAUGACGUCAGCAAGGGGGACACGUACCAACCCAACGAAAUGGCACGCGGACACGCUUACACACUGGAUGACCAUAUAUCAGUGGUUCCCUGUCCAGGCCACACAGGACAAGACAUCGCCGUCCAAGUAAAGGAAACAUCAUUAGGCACUGUGCUUGUGGCAGGAGACUUGUUUGAAAACUAUUCAGAUGAAGACACUUGGCGGGAUCUAAGUUUGGAUGUUACGGCACAGGACUUCAACCGUCAGAAAGCACUGCUUAUGGCUGAUGUCAUAAUACCAGGACAUGGAUUACCAUUUAAAGUAAUCAGAAACUAACAAGCUUACCUUGGACAAAUGUUUAGUACUUUGUAAGGAAAUGAAUGGACAUCCAUGUUCACUGAUUAACCGGCUUUACAUUGACUUACAACUGACAAAUAAGUAAGUCAGUACUUUUAAGGGCUUUUUUGAAGCACUGGUGCUGACAGAACCCAUGACCUUGUAGAGGCCGACAACACCAACAUUGAUUGUUUUUAAAUGACAAACAUAAUCACAUGUAAAGGGAGUCCAAAUAUUGUAUCCAUUGUUCCAAAAGUAACUUUGAAUAAUUCAUAGUAGAAAAUAAGAAAUAAAGCAGUGAUGAAUCACAAUGGUUCAUUAAACUAGUCAUUUUGAUUGUGUGUGUGGGGGGGUUACAGGGGUCCACCCAAGUUCAACAGUCUCACAGCUUCAGGGAAGAAGCUGUUCCUCAGUCUGGCAGUCCUGCUUUUGAUGCUCCGUAACCGUCUACAUAUUUACUUUCUUUAUUUAAACAAAAUCUUGCCAUAAUUUAAAAAAUAAUGUUAUUCAGACUCUGAUACAAACAGAAUAGAGUCUUAAAGAUGUUUUAUUUUGAAAACUGAAUGACCCUUUAAUUCUCAGCACCUUGGUACUGGUCCAUAGUAACAGGUGGUACUCGCGGACCAGUCCUUGGAACAAAAAAGGUUGGGGACCGCUAGUAUAGAUGCAACUACUGCGUAACAGACUAAUACAUGUUAUACAUACACUGCAAUUGAUUACUAUUUAUUGACGCUUCAAAUAUUGUUCAUUGCUGUAAUAAAAAAAAAACUUUAUUCAUUGUCUAGUCAUUCCUUUAGAACAGUUUCUGGUUGAGAUAACCCCCAAACAGAUUUAUUAUAUUAUUAUAUCAUAUCAAAAACAAUUAGGACAGUGUCCUUGCCAUUGUUUCUCCUGUUCUGCCUGGUAUUACCCUCUGACGUGAAAGAAUGGUAUUUUCUUCAUUAUUUUUUUUACCUUUUAAUUCAAUGUUGUUUUUGACAUGUGUGACCCGUGCAAUGUAUGCCUAUCCAAUAAGAAGAUAGGUUUGGAUUGUUAGGGCAUUAUUAAUACAAGGACAUUGAAGGCAUCUUUAGUAAGAUUAGGCAGGCAAACUAGCCACAAAUUCACUGUUUUGUCUUGGUU